AUGGAAGUCAACGCAUAUUUUGCUUUUUUGAUGAUUAUAUCGGUACAAGGAGAAUUCAUUUCUAAUUUCAUGGCAAGAAAUUCGUCCUACGACAAUAGAGCAACUUACGCAAUCAAUGUAAUUUUUACGUCAAAUUGCCGUAGUCGUAUAGACUGUGCAUCUCAAUGUGCAGCUUGGGGUGAGUGUAAAUCUGUGAUGUUCAACAUGGACACACGUCAAUGUCAACUUCUGUCUGUCCACAUGGAUGGCCAAUCAGUCGCAGGACCACACAAUUCCCUACGAUGGCUGUACUAUGAGAGGAAAACUGCUCAGUCGAUGUCAAUUACAUUUACAGCUAAUGUUGCGACUGACUUGACAACAGUAGUUAACUUUGAAACUACAACUACAUUUGAUUGUACAAUAUGGCACCAACGUUUCGAUCAUUGGUACUUGUUGGAUUCUAAUUACAGAACAUUCAAUGACUCACGGACAUUCUGCGCCAGCCUGUCUCCGCCAUCUUACGUCAUUGAAGUACAAUCUCAAGAGGAAAAUGAUUGGCUCAUCGUAUUAACAUCUACCUUAUGUGAAGUACCACACGAAUACUGGCUGAACGGAUACGAUACAGAUAAUUCCGGGACGUUUACAUGGAUUGACAGUCAAAAUCAGCCAACCUACACUAACUGGUACACUGGUGAACCGAAUGAUUCUACAGGCAUUGGUACUGAGAAAUGUAUUGCAUCAUCUACUGGAUAUAUGGGAGUAUGGGUUGAUAUGCCAUGCUCAGUUACUAGACCAGUUGUUUGCGAAAGAAAUUUUUAGAAGAGAUAUAUCAAGUGACCAAAUUAAGUGAAUACAAACAAUUCUUGUAAAAAAAAUCACUGUGGCGUUGAUUUUUAGUUUCAAACACGGUGCUAUAGGACACCUGCCGCUAAUAAUAUGGAUAAAAGUUCAUAAUGUAAAAAAUUUCACCGUUUAAAUUUUUUUUAAUUUUACAA